UAAGUGGCGGAUCCCACAGCCCCCAAAAGUAAAAAGAAAUACAAUGCCUUCGGUUAUAGGUGUCCCUGAGUCAGGGAUGACUUAGUGAGAAAUAGCAACAAUAACAACGACAUAGUAAACAAAUAGCAAUUAAGGAAUCGGAAAGAUUAUAAUGUUGAAGAUGCGUUCUACGUCACCAUUAUUUGUGUUCCAAAGCGGAAGCGGGACCAUUUCGUAUAAGGAAACUGUGGUAGAAGGGAGCGACAAUUACUCGCUUGAAUUUUUUUCGCCGUCUCGCUAACGGUUUGCUUCUAUAUUCUGUUGUUUGGCUUUGCACAAAGUAUAACGUAACCAUAAAUAUUAUAUAAUACAACAAGUAGUUGCAUGUGUGUGCGAUUAACUGCUGUGGAACUGCUGUCUUUUCUUUUUAAGGGAUGACUGCUUGUCUUUUCGUUUUCAGGAGAAAAAGCAGGAAGCAGAACAAGUACAAACACAUACAAGUUACGCACAAAUUAUAAACUUACACACACACAUUUAUAUAUAUAUACAUACAUAUAUAUACAUACAUAUAUACAUACAUAUAUAUAAUGCAUUACGUCUAAAACCAAAUACGUAUAUGAUAUAUAUAUAUAUAUAUAUACAUAUAUAUGCAUAUGUAAGGGCGACUGAUCAAUUUUGUCAUCACUAUUCAGUUUGAAAUCUCGCGGUAUUCGUAUUCUUCUUAAUAUUCUUAUUUUUAUUAUCAUUGUUGUUACUUAAAAUAUCUGUUUCACCGUUACAAUUCAUCUAUGAAAUAAUCAGAUUCGGAAAAAAAAAAAAAUGAGAAGCAAUAACAACAGGUCGUUAUUACACACGAACCUAUUUUCUAAUUUUUACAUUUCUAAAUGACACCGCUUUGAUUUGAAUAUCCAUCUCAUUACCUUAUAUUUAAUUUCCUUUUCGUUUAUUGGAGACGAUAAGUAGAACACAUAUCAGGAAUGCCCUUGGUGAAUGAAAUAACAUUGCAAAGUAUUUCUUUAAAGAAGAAAGAAAAGAAUUAUAAACGUUUUAUGCCGUGUAACACACGUCUUUGAUGUCGUGGAGUUAAUGCCGGUUGAGCUCAUACUGAACAUUUACAAUCGUUUUGGAAAUAGAUGGCCCUCUUUGCACAAAUUCGUGUAAUACAGUAACAAAAAAGUUUGUGAUUAUUUGAUCUUUCUUUAUAACAAACUCUUAAAGUCGAACUUACAGUUAUACAACUGUAACUUCUAUGUGUGUGUAUAUAUAUACAUAUAUAUAAUUAUACCGAAAUAAUACGUAAUAAGCGAAACUUCGAAACACACGUAUUUCUACUGAUUAAAAUUAUUAAUUGAUUGUAUUAGACAACACAAAUGACUUGAAGCAAUUUCAGAAUUACCACCAGGAUCGUAGCUGUUGAUGUCUGUCUGUAUUUUCGAAAUUUGAAAUCUGCACCAAUUUCCAGAAAUCCGGAAGUAAAUUGUUGGAUAAAGUUCCACGAAACCUCGUAUCAAACGUUUUGGAAACCUUGCUUGUACUAACAAACGUGAAGAACAUCAAUUGUAUUCGCUCAAACACGUGUAUGUUGUUAUUUAUAAUGUCUAUAAGUUGAUAGUAUUUUCUUUUAAAUUGACAUUGUGUGUAUGAUACGUAUAAAGUGUGUAUAUACCUACCUAAUUUAUAUAACCGAUUCAUCUACUUAUUGGUAACCAAAACGUCUCUGAAAACGUGAGUUCGUAUCUCGCUUCUGUCAAGGUAAUUUUGUUACACCACACACACACACACAUAUUUGUGUGGUUCUGUUUUUAAAACUGCAUAAUAUAUUGUAGAGACCACAACUCGUGUUAUGUGUUAAAAACUAUAUGUAUGUAAUUCGUGAAUUAUGCCACGCACCACAAAAUUAUAUGUUGGCAACUUGCCCAAGGGCAGCAGUGAGAAAUCAGUAUGGGACCUCUUCGCCAAUUAUGGUGAAGUCGUUGAAUGUGACAUUAUCAAAGACUUUGGAUUCGUCCACUUUACUGAAAGCACAGAUGCUAUGAAAGCUGUUGAAAAUCUAAACAAUAAAGACUGGAAUGGCUCAAUCCUCAAGGUACAACCGUCCCACAGUAAAGUACACGCCAAACCUGGAAUGGGCAACCGUGGUGAAUGCAUUCGAUGUGGUAAAACUGGGCACUUAUGUAGGGAUUGCCCUUCAGUUCGUGCUCGAGAUUUCAGAAGUGGAGAUUUACAUGAAAAAACGUGCACCACUUUAAGUAAUAUUUCUAAAGAAAUUAAUGCUAUGAAUGGAAGUAUUGAUGGUCUUUACUCAUUUCUAAGUAGAUAUCGAGAGAACAGUUACAAGGAAUCUCUUGGGAAUAACUACUCUCAAACAAAUCCCGCUCAGGAUUGGCUUGGAAAGAAUGCUGAUGGUGACCAAAACCGGCGCCAGAACCACAGCAACAACGAUAACUACAACAGUAAGAAACAGAGUCCUUAUUCCAACAACUACCCACCACCAUCUAUGGCUGCAAGUCGUUUCCGACACCAACCAUAUCCUAGAGCCAGUGAGAGACGGUCUGCAUCAUCUUCAUUAUCAUCGAUGUCUGACAGUAAGCGCCGACUCCCAUCAUUGUCAUCCUCACAUUCACUAUUGUCUUCUCGCCCUGGUCGUAACAGCAAUAACCGUGAUAUGAACCCCUUUUUCCGACCACCACCUGAAUAUUAUGAACGUCGGAGGAGCAAGACAGUUGGCAGCACACAAUUUGCUCGAUCUCGUGAACAUUAACAACAAACAGUAUUUUAUAUAAAUUUGUAUAUGCUAAGAAAGGUGAUAUGUUUUAAAUCCUUCAUCAUUGAACUCGCUCAUGGACAAAGUUUUACAAUUUCAAAGUGGAUUUGAGUGGGGAGGAAGUAAUUAUAACUGAAAAAUUAAAAAAAAAAAAACCUGCAAAAGAAAUAAUCAAAAUAUUUCAAAAUGUAUAUCAUUGCUUUAGAAUGUGUAAUGCAUGUUUUAAUUUUUUUUUCUUUUCUUAGCAAAUCUAUUUUAAGAAUUUAGAGAUCUUAAGUGACCCAACUUCUUAACACCUAGAAUCCUACUUAGCAAUUUGAAUUUAUUAUACAAGUUAACAAAGUCUAGUAGAUUUAUUCAGUAUUGAACAUUUCUUUUUUUCUUUCAGGCAAGUACCACACUGGCCUGACCAUUUUAUUAUGAGGUUAUUCCCUUCCAAAACUGGCACAAAUGAUAACAAUUGCUACUACUAUCCAUUCUAGCAUUGAAGAAUUGAUUUGAAUGAAAAUGUUGAGUGAUUUUGAGGAGUGGGUGUGAGAGUGUAUAUUUAGUGUUUCUUUGACAUGGGCGAGCAUAAAUAAUUAUUUAAAUUAAAUUAUGACAACCUGUUUCCGAUGGUUUAUACAGGUGACAUAUUAACUAUAUAUGAAUGUAAUUAAAUAACAUUGGUGCUUUAUGUAUGUAUCUAUAUAUUUCGACAUGUGUGUAUAUAUAUGUAUAUAUAUACACAUGCAUAAAUUCAUACUCUCAGUACAAUGGUUGUGAACUGAAGAUGUUGGGCUUUUGACCACUUUUGAUCAUAAGCUAUUACUGUCAUUGUAUUGUUUCUGAGCAAGGCACCUAACUCUAGUUUUUCUAGUUUGUCAGGUUAAACAAAAUGCAGGUCCCAUAUUUAACUACACUAUAAAUGAGUGGUUAGCAGUACAAAGGAUAUCAAAUUAUGAAUUUUAUUUUUAU